AUGAUCGUACGAAACUUGCUUCGGAUAUGCCGCCAGACGGAGGCUUGUGCUACACUUCUGCGCCGCGGUCAGCAAUGUCGCGCGCUCCAUUCAACCCAUCCUGUCCGCCAACCUGGUCUCGAGAACAUUUUGUCUGGCGGACCUGCUCCUGCGGUACAGGUUAGGACCAUGACCUCUAAUGGUAUACAACUUCAAGAUGGCCUGGUGAUCCCCGGACCGUGCGUUUUUUUGGAGGGCAAGGUCUUGCUAUGGGAUAUCCCCCAAGACUUGACAAAAUGGACGAGGGAACGGUUCGAAGUGUUUGACAUAGUUGUUCCUAAACCUGAGAUUCUUCUGAUAGGCACAGGGAAAACCGUGGCCAUGCCUCCUCCCGCUAUUCGACAAUACCUUAAUGAGAUUGGAAUUCAAAUCGAUGUAAUGGAUACAUGGAAUGCAUGCUCGACGUACAAUCUUCUAGCUGAGGAAGGCAGACGUGUAGCUGCAGCACUACUACCCAACUUCCCAUACAACUGGAAGCAAUGA